UGCCACCUGUCAGUGCUCAUCAGUGCCACGUGCCAGUGCCCAUCAGUGCCACAUCAAUGCCACAUAUCAGUGCCAGUCAGUGUCGCCUAUCAGUGCCAGUCAGUGCCGCCUAACUGUGCCAGUCAGUGCCGCCUAUCAGUGCCAUCAGUGCCACCUAUCAGUGCCAUGCCAUAUAUCAGUGUCAUGUAUCAGUGCUGCCUUUCAGUGCCCAUCAGUGAUGCCUGUCAAUGCCCAUCAGUGCAACCUACCAAUGCCUCCUCAUCAGUGCCCAUCAGUGCCAUCUAUCAGUGUCCAUCAGUGCAGCCUAUC